AUGGUCUUGAUCAACAACGUCAAAUAUGCCUGCGAAAGGUGUAUAAGAGGUCACAGGGUGACGACGUGCAAUCAUACCGACCAACCAUUGAUGAUGAUAAAGCCCAAGGGGAGACCAUCGACUACGUGUGAUCAUUGUAAAGAACUUAGAAAGAACAAGAAGGCUAACCCGACCGGAGUUUGUACGUGUGGGCGCCUGGAAAAGAAGAGGUUGGCUCAGAAGGCCAAGGAGGAAGCUAGGGCUAAGGCGAAGGAGGAGAAGAGGCUCCACGAUUGCAGAUGUGAUAAGCAGGAGCCGUGCAAAUGCCACUCCACAAGACGAAGGUCCAGGAAGGUGUCAGUCAAUCAUGAGGGUGUUCGACGGUCGAACAGUAAUAGUAACGUUAUGGUUGGCCAGGGUCACGUGGCGUCGCCUGUGUCGAUGGAGACGUUCAAUGAUAAUAGCUACGUGGAGUCCGAUGUGAGUGGGAAGAUCUCCAAGGAUUACCAUCAUGUCCCGUCGUUGGCGUCGAUCUCUUCAUUCCACUCUACGCAGUCAUUGGAUCAUAAAUUCGCAUUACCACAGAGCCCAACUUUGGGGAAUUUUGUCACGGGGACCAACACUAAUGGCAAUGGCCAUUGGGACAACAGCUCUAUCUGCUCCUCAGUGAGAUCGGACUCGCGUGCUAAUCUUUCCGAUGCGGUUAGCGUUGGAUUGGAUCCGCUCAACAAUACAAAAAGAGUCACACCAAUGACAAGGACAAGGGUCGGAGAAGUUACGGUACCGUUGGAAGAGUACAUCCCGUCGGAUAUCAACGGUAUUGGCAAGAUAAACGAUACGAGCUCGCUGAUCGACGAUUGGUCGUUCGAAAACCCAGCCGGCAAUCGGAAUGUCAGUGCAUCUGCGACGUACGCUAAUUCUAAUGCUAAUUCAUUUCUGCAGUCGCAUGACAUCAACGGAACUCGCAACGAUACCAAUAAUGGCCUUUUGGACAUGUUCCUGGACUCGUCCAAUAUACCGUUUUCUUACGAUAGAAACAAUAGCGCGCCUCUGGGGUUGGGGAAGCGAUACAGCGUGCAUUCGCCUCAGAGUGGCACCCAUCAUUAUAGCAAUGUCAGUGAUAAUGCCAACGCUGAACCGGCCAGUAAUACUAAUAAUAUGAACAAUUCUAAUACUAAGCAGUGGGAUGCGCCGGAAACCAGUUUGGACAACGAAAGUGUGCGUAGCGUGGAAGUUCUGUCCCUAACGCCAAGCUUCAUGGAUAUUCCUGAAAGAGUGCCUAAUCAUCAACAGCAGCAGCAUAGCAGGCCUUCUAUAGAGUCUCGAAAAUCGAAGCAAAGGUCGUCCAGUCUGCAUCGAAAUCACAGGUACCCUCCCACAAACGGAGCUUCUCAAUCCUAUAAUGUGAGACCCGCUCCAAUCACAAUCAACCCGUCAAUGGUCUCGAGUGUGGAUGACAACGUUAGCACAAACUCGUUACAGUCACCAACGGGGUCUCUGAAUGAAAACGGGUUGAUGACUGGGUUAACAGACGCAGCAUUAUCGAAAUAUCUUCCAGAUAGGAUGAAAUUCCCGCGAAGCACUGAACCGCAGGAUAAAUCAUCAUCACAGAAUCCACAGGGUUUCCAGCGACUGCAGCAGCCUCAACGACAAAGCCCUCAGGAUCUACGAAGUUCCACGGGAAUGAAUUUAGAUAUUGACAAGCUUAUGGGUUUUGAUGGUGCUAGCAUUGGUGGUAUGAUCGAUAAUCGAACGCUCGAUAAGGAGAACGGUAGGCCAUUGUUUCAGGAAAACUUUAUGUCAUAUGCUAAUCCAUCGGCGAAAACGGAAAUCCAAGACAGUCCACGAAUCGGAAGUAAUCAGACCUCUUCUUCACCUAGCCAAUUACUCACUGAAAAGAGCUUUGCUGAUUUGGACAAUUUCAUGUCUAUAUUGUGA